UUGAGUUUUUCUAGUCUUAUCCGUGCCGUUGAUCCAGAUGGAGGAGAGAGAGAAACCGCGUGCGUACGUAAAGGAGAGGAUCUACGAUAAACAAUGAAUCAUCGAGCUGAGGUUUGGUUCUUUGAAUCAUCGAUUAUGGUCAAGUUUUUACAGAUAUUGGCUUCAUUAGGGUUACUCUAUCCUUAAAGUCACCUAUUAAUGCUUAUUCUUCUUACCCUUUUCUCAAUUUGACUUCUUUCAGCUCAAAUCGAAGAUGCGGUGAACUAGCGGAUUCAUCCGAGAUUACUACUAUGUCAAUGUCAUUUCCAGUUAUGGAACUAACUUGGUCUCCUUGAUCGAUUCAUCUUUCCAAGUAUAUGUACAGAAGAAACUGAAUUGGGUUAAAAUAUAAACAAGAUAUAAUGUCUUUUCGAAACAUUAUGCGCGAUGUAAGGGAUGGAUUUGGUAGCUUAUCGCGACGAAGUUUCGAGGUUAGGUUGCCUGGUAAUCAUCAUAGAGGAAAAUCUCAUGGUGCUGUUCAUGAAUUACAUGAUCAUCAAAUUAAUCCGGUUAUACAAAACUGUUGUUGGGCAAGUUUACCUCCUGAACUACUUCGCGAUGUAAUUAAGAGAUUAGAAGCUAGUGAAAGCAACUGGCCUGCUCGUAAACAUGUUGUGGCUUGUGCAGCUGUCUGUAAAUCUUGGAGAGAAAUGUGUAAAGAGAUUGUUCUCAAUCCCGAAUUCUCUGGGAGGCUUACCUUCCCUGUUUCGCUUAAACAGCCUGGUCCUAGAGAUGGGACUGUUCAAUGCUUCAUUAAGAGAGACAAGUCUAAAUUAACUUACCAUCUUUACCUUUCGCUCAGCACUGCUUUGCUGGUUGAAAAUGGGAAAUUCCUUCUUUCUGCUAAACGAAAUAGGCGAACUACUUGCACUGAGUAUGUUAUCUCCAUGGAUAUCGAGAACAUAUCGAGAUCUACCAAUACUUACAUUGGCAAACUGAGGUCAAAUUUCCUGGGGACGAAGUUCAUUAUAUAUGACACCCAACCGCCAUACAAUAACAACGACAAUCAUCAUCACGUACCUGUCAAUACGAGCAGCCGUAGGUUCAGCAGCUCGAAAAAGGUCUCCCCAAAAGUCCCAACCGGAAGCUACAACAUAGCCCACGUAACCUACGAGCUAAACGUGUUGGGAACGAGAGGGCCCCGCAAAAUGAACUGCACCAUGCACUCUAUCCCUAUCUCGUCCCUCGAUCCCGGAGGCGCUGUUCCCGGGCAGCCCGAGCUUCUCCAACGUCCCUUAGAGGAUUCGUUUCGUAGCAUCUCGUUUUCCAAAUCGUUGGAAGGGCUGACCAACGAAUUCAGCAGCUCUCGGUUCUCAUCCGACGUGGGCUCGCACUCGCACGAGCCGGUGGAGGCGAAAAGCAGACCUUUGGUCCUACGGAAUAAGCCACCCAGAUGGCACGAGCAAUUGCAGUGCUGGUGCUUGAAUUUUAGAGGGAGGGUUACGGUGGCUUCGGUUAAGAAUUUUCAGCUGAUUGCUGCAGCCGCACAGCCGACUGCUGCGGUUGUGGUACCACCGGGUGGUAGGUCUGACCAUGACAAGAUAAUAUUGCAGUUUGGUAAGGUUGGGAAGGAUAUGUUUACCAUGGAUUAUAGGUAUCCUUUGUCUGCGUUUCAGGCGUUUGCGAUCUGUUUAAGCAGUUUCGACACCAAACUGGCAUGUGAAUGACUGUCUGACUGACUAUAUUCUCUAUGCUUUUUGUUUAUGUUGUGUGUGUACUGUGUAUUAUUAUGUAUGUUUUUAUUCUGUGUUUUGUUUGUUUGUUUUUUAGACACUCUUUACUCACCAGAAGAUAUUGCAUAGUUUGGUCUA